AAAGGACACUGGGCAACGAACUGCCCCAGCGGUGAGGGGACGGGGAGACUUUCACUGCCGAAUGAACAUUGCAGAAAGUGAGAAGGGGGCAGACGGGGAGGGGACAUCCAGCCUACCCGCCAAGGAUCAGAGAAAGGGAAGUGAAACACACAUACAGAAGCUCCAGCACACAGUCAAAUACAUGCCACUGCAAUGAAGUAUCAGCUUGCGUUACUAGCCGCACACACCAGAUCACACACAACUUUGUGGUACUGAUGUUAAUUACAUUAGUGAUGCUUUAAGAAAAUGCCUCAACUCCAAGUUAACGGUCACAAACUUAAUGUAAUGGUUGACUCCGGUGCAGGUAUUCUGUGGUACGGAUGUCAGAUUUGACCUCAUCUCCUGAGAUGAGUGGUCGCUUUAUAUUCGUUCAAAUGCACUGCUCAGUUAGACAAACAUCCCAUAAGGUUUGAACAUGAUUUUCUGUUGUCUCCCUGUUGCCCAAUUAAUCUAUUAGGAAGAGAUUUGAUGAUUAUGUUAGGCCUCAAUUUAGUAUCCUCCUCUGAUGGAAUGACGGUUACACACAAUUCUUCUUCACCCACCUUCACAAUGUAACAGAUCACACAUGAGCAGCUGUUUGCAUUUCAGUUGCGACUUCCUAUAAAUGCCUCCACUAAUCUGCUCUCCACGUCGCACUCUAUUAUCAUUUUUUGUUGUUCUGAUGUUAUACACACUGAUUCAUUGCAUUGCACUUCACAUGUGACAGACACAGCAGAUCAUGUUUAUGAAUCUCUGUUUUCGCCUUUUUCUGAUGAUUCUCUAAAAAAAAAUUUGGUCUGGAAAAUGCAGACAUUACCAGCUAGCUAGCCAGAUGCCCGCCAAUUCGGAAUUGACUAAAAACUGAGCAAAAGAUGCCUGGAUUAGGUUUUGAAAAUGAUGCACAUAUUUUGGUCAAUAUUUCAAAAUGCACAUUAUUGGACAGAAGGAAACAUUUAAUAUAUUCACUCACCAAGGUUUGUUCUUCCACCUGCAGCAGUGACUCUGGCUUGCAGCUCGAAGAAGACCGCCAAAGAAAAUCGGGAGAAUCAACAACAAGGUUCAUACUCAAACACGCAAACAAAAGCUUGUGUGUAAAAACCCCGGUCAUCAGGGCCUGGAAGCUCUCAGAUGGAGAAAGGGCUCGAGCCUGCAGCCUGCGCUGGGCCUCCAACAUGCUACUGUAAUAUCUGUAAGAGACGCUCCUUCCCCACAAGGCUUCAGGAGAGUCUCUGUUUCCUCCACCUGAUACCCCCAAUUCCUCACACACUGGGAUGGAUUGCAUUACUUAUGAGCUGGACACCCUGGACGUCCCUCCUCUCACCCCGACCAGCAAGGAGGUCCUCAGCCAGGCAGUGAAGGCCAGUUUCGCCGGAUUCACCCAGGAGAGAAUCACCCGUCACUUUCCACAGGAUCCUUCCCUGUGGUCUGAGUGGGAGGUGAACCACUGGCUGGACUGGUGCCAGGCUGAGUUCGGACUCCACUGCCUGGGCUCGGACCUGCGAGGCUUGCAGGGCAGUGAGCUGUGUGGCCUGGACCGAGAGGAUUUCCAGAGCUUAACGUCUGACUGCACCGCAGGGGAGAUCCUGUGGGAACAUCUUGAGACCAUGAGGAGAGAGAAUGAAUAUGACUUCAGUUCUUUCUCACCCAUCUGCACAAUACCAUCUUACUACCAGCUUCGAUUCAACAAAGAUGAUGUUCAGGAGCUUUCAGACUCACACUGUUACCAUAUUCAGUAUGAUGCCUCUGAGAGGACAGAGCUCCACACUCUGGACUCUGUGGCUGCACAACAUCAAGACCAUCACCUGUUCAAAUCACUGGAUCCCAGCAGGAGCAUGGCCUCUCCCUCUCUGCAUCAGGAGCCAGGAGGAAAUGGAGAGACAGACUCCGAGGUGGAAAUUGGUCAUAGUGACGAUUCAGACAUUGCGGACGCUCUUGCGUGGACCACUUCAGUCCAGGAUAUGGACCCGGUCGUGGGAGAGACCAUGUCUGAAGAUAUCUUCACUUUACCACAGACACACAGGAGCUUCAAGGACUAUGUUGGCAACAAAACAGACCUGGGCAGGGCUGUGAUACCAGCAGCCGUCCUCGCUGGUUACACUGGAAGUGGCCCCAUUCAGCUGUGGCAGUUCCUCCUUGAGCUUCUGACAGACCGGAGCUGUCUGUCAUGUAUCAGCUGGACAGGAGACGGGUGGGAGUUCAAGCUAACGGACCCUGAUGAGGUGGCGCUGCUCUGGGGCCGGAGGAAGAACAAACCCAAGAUGAAUUAUGAGAAGCUGAGUCGCGGUCUGCGCUACUACUACGACAAACACAUUAUACGCAAGACGGCGGGUAAGCGCUACGUCUACCGCUUCGUCUGCAACCUGCAAGGCCUGCUGGGAUACGAGCCUGGAGAGUUGCACGCCAUGUUGGACAUUGGUAGCAAGAGUCACUGAUGACUCAAUAAACACUGGGAGGAUGAAGCAGAGAGACACUUACUUUACAUAUAUGGAAUCCUUCGAUUUCCAUCUGUAUUCACUAGGUGUAAAUGAGAGCAGCCACCCUGAGGCCUGCUGGACACACACUAGGUUCAUGUACAUGUGUGGGAGGAUUCUGAGGUUGUCGGCUAAGCUUAGUUAUUAACAUUAACAGAUGACAUGUAGCACUUUAUCUUGAUUUCACUGUCAAACAAUAAAACAAACAUCAAAGUUAUUUGUGCAAUUUGUUUUUAUAUAAAUAAGUUUAAAAAACACAAAAAAUAACGUGAGGUUUAUUAAUAUCAUGCAUAUCAUAACAUCAUAAUAUCAUAUAUUCAUUUAAAAACUUACUUUAAACUUGCAUGUUUGACAUUUUCACCAAUUUCACAGGAAAUAAUUUAUAAAAUCCUAUUUAAAGAACUGUUAUCUAUGCUUGUGUGUGUAAUAUGGUGCAGUUUGAAUAUAUUGGGCCUAUUCAGUGCUUUUUAGAAAUAUUUUGGAAAUGAUGGACAUGCAUUACAACUCCAGAGUUUUAUCCGUCAUCAUGAUGAUCACCAGGUAAACAGCAGAAACAGGCUCAUGUUUCACAGUAAUCUAACAGGAAUGAAUACUCAACUUAUUGAGUUGCGUCAAACAGCUGAGCCACAUUCUGCUCUUUGACCUGUGAGGGUUGCUGGUUUGAAUCUCUCUGAAAAACAAAGAUGUUGUAAAUACUGUUAUUUACAGCGCAUCUUGUUAAGCCCUAUGAGACACAAAAUUUGAUUGAAAAUGGGGAAAUAUGAGUGUCCAGUGGGAAGCCUCCACCAACAUGAGUUCCCCCCAGUGAUAAGCUAACAACUAGGAUCAUCUGGUGAAGGUUCCUGUGUGGACGCAGAGAUAUAGCAUGAGAGCGUCCCUGCCAGGAGCCGCUUCUACAGGGAUCAGCUGCUGCUCAGACUAAUGGAACCUUAUUGAUGUAUUCACGCUUGCUGAGACAACCCCUCUCUGGCUUUUCGCUCCACUUCCUAUGUGAGGUAGGUGUGUGGGAGACUGGAAUAACCAGCUCCCUCAGAGGGAUCAAGCGGACUGAUUUAACACCUCAAAUCCCACACAAGGCGUGUUUGGAUUUAUAACCUCCUCCAGCAGGGGAUCCAUUUCUGCUCCUGUGGAUUGACGAAUGAUUCCUUUCAGUCUGACCCUCAGUGUGUCUUCAGAGCUUGAUUAUUCCGCUAUAAUACACGUGCAACUGAAACAUACCACUGAGGUUGACCAGAAAUUGAAUAUACUCUAUGAUAAAUUAUUUGACGAUAUACAGAUAAUGGAAACUAUCCUUAGUUUUUUAU